AUGGCUUCCCAGGCGUCUGGAAGCAAUCUGAACCGGCCUUCCUUUGCAAAGGUGGUGGCUAUGCCCGCGCUGGCGAAAUCGCAGAAUCCCUCUGUCAAUCCUGACGAGCCAGAGCAUCAAAUGAACACAGACUUCGAAAAUCCACAGGUUACGCCGGCAAGUCAGCCAGACUUGGAGGAACAACACAACGCACCGCUCGACGAUUACAUUCAAGGUAUUGAGGAUGGUGUCGAAAGACUUUCAAUGAAUGAGAAGCAUGAACUCGAAUUCUCUCAACCAUCUAGUGAAGGGCUCCAGAGAGAAGCAUCAUUCGAUGAUGAUCAAACCCAUCUGUCAAACAGCUCUACAAAACCAACGAGUUUUGACUCAAAGAGUAUGGCAUCAGUCACCACAUUUGCAAUGGAUGAAAAAGAUUCGCUGCGACCGGAUGAUAGUGCAAGUGUCCAGGCUGCUGAUGAAGAUGACUCCUUGUCUGGCCCUGCAUCUGGUGCCCCUAAUUCACUUACUAGCUCAGAGGCUGGUGGGAGGGUAUAUCGCGACAACCUCAAAGAUGGUAUCCUUCAGCGACAAAGAGGCGUGUUGCCAAUGCCCAUUCAGCGAUUCCCUGAUGGCGAUAUUGGAAUUACAGGGGCAAUCCCACCUGAUUCUGUGGCUAAUAACUUCAUUAUUAGUAACCAGCCUGAUUUUGUUCCUGGCAAGUCUCUCAAUGGAUAUGCUUUAGAUCCUGAUGAAAAGCUUCUUGAGGCUAUGGGCACACCCAAAGACCGCCUUUUUAUACUCCAGCUAGAGGAAAUGAUUCGGGAUUUCAUUCAAGACUCAAAGGAGCAAUCACUCGAAUUACCGCCUUCCAACGCAUUUGGACGUCUUCUUGCCCACAAGCUGGGGGACUACUAUCACCUGACACAUUUCGUGGACAACAAUGUCACAUCAGUGCGACUGCACCGGACACCAUUUUGUAGACUUCCAACCCCCUUGUCGGUCCUGCGUCCUGUUGAAUCCCACAAUACGCCGCCACCCAAUGCACCAGCUAUGAAGAUCAUGCGCCGUAAUGAAAUAAGCGGCGACCGAAAUCUAGCAGGUGAGAAUGGUACUAGCUCUUCAGGUCCCUCAAAGCCCGUUUCGGAAGCCGGGGUAGACGGGGGAAACGAAGAAGACCGCGGGGGCUCGUCUGCAGGAGCUACACCGGCUAAGGACCGAUCAACUAUGACGAGGGAGGAGCGUGAAGCCAAGUAUCAAGAAGCAAGAGAAAGGAUAUUCCGGGACUUUCCAGAAUCAAAGUCUGUUGAUUCGUCUGGUGGCGACAAUAGUGCAAACAUUUCCCGUUCUAGUUCGACCAGUGGCCGCAAAAAGAAUUUUAGGCAGAAGACUCCUCAUGACGACUCUUUCGAAGCACGAUCUCAGUUCAACGCAUACUAUCCUGGGAUGUCUUACGCAGCGAACACAGCAUCAGUGCCGAUGAAUAACGGGACGGCUUACGGUCAAAGCCCCUACAUGGUUAGUCCAAAUGCGUCCUCGCCCAAUAUGAAUUACCCACAAGGCACACCGACUGCGAACGUCUACCAGAACAAUGUGUCUCAGUAUCAAAUGAACACGACGCCUAUGGGUCAGACCCAUACAUGGCAGGGCCCUGCUGCAUCUCAACAGUCUCCUUAUCAAGGAUACACUGCUCUUAACCAACCACCGACAAUGAUGGGACAACAAGCCCAAUCGGGGCCAAUACCAGCCAUGAACAAUUACGCCGUCCCUAAUCCUGCAGCAACCUAUGCUCCUAAUGCAUCAACCCCUUGGACAGGUCAGCCGUAUCAAAACAAUUACCCUCAAUCAGUCCAGCGAAAUGCACAUUGGCCUAGUUACCCCUCUCAUCCAAUGGGUAAUAAUACCAACCCGUAUUCUUAUGGCCAACAAAUGCCCAACCAGCAUUACUCGACACCUCAGAACCAGAACGCUCAUCAAAUGAUGGGUAACUUCAACCGGACCAUGUUCAACCCUCAAACCCGGUCUUUUGUACCUACUGGGAAUCCGACAGCAGGUCGAUACAACCCUAAAGGAGUCAAUAAUGCAGGUGGAGUUGCAUACAACAACCCCCAAUCCAACAUGCAGAGGCAGAAAUGGUCGGGCCAGGGCCAUAUGGAAUCCAGUAGCCAAUCGAUGGCUUAUGUACCACCACAUCCAAAUAACCGAGCUAAUGGUAAUGCCACUAGCCCGAGCUCAAUGCCUCGUGCUACACAGCCUCUGACCAACGAUUCGAUUACUAAAUGGGGUACCCCAGCUCAUCUUCCGCCCAAACCUCCCCCGUCUGAAGUUCCUUCUGGAUUGGACAACAAAUCACGAAAUCUUCCUGCAUCCUCAACGACAUCCUUUCCAAACAACGCUACCUCGCCGCAUACUCAGGCAGGAGGAGGACCACUUGUCAUUUCCGGAUCAGGGAACAAUAACAUACCCAAGUCCAGUCCUGAUUGA